AUGAAGGAAGUUAAGAUUUCAUCCCAAAACAAAUUGGCCAUGGGGGAAGUAGCCCAACUCCUUAUAAGCCCUUCCAGGGUACUCAUCUAUGUAGCAUCUUUGGUAGAGAUGACCAAAGAAGAACUCGCUGAAGUAACUUACCAAAAUGCAAGAGAAGGUGGGAAAGGAGAAAAUGGGAGAGGAAGAGGUCGGGCUGUUGGUGGGGUUGGGAAGUGCAGUGAGACGGAAGAAGAGCUUUUCGCAAACGAGAUUGCCGGUGGCGAUGUGAGGGACGCUGAGGUUGGAGAGGCUAGAGGCAUAGGUGCCUUUGCCAACGUCUGGGAAGGCGAUGUGAGGGACGCUGAGGUUGGAGAGUCUAGAGGCAUAGGUGCCUUUGCCAACGUCUGGGAAGUCGGUGUGAGGGACGCUGAGGUUGGAGAGUCUAGAGGCAUAGGUGCCUUUGCCAACGUCUGGGAAGUCGGGGAAGACCCAUGGACAUUCAUGUCUGUCAUGUUGCAUAAGAAGAGAAUUUUUGUUGAUGACAAAGGAAGGUGUUGUGACGUCAACUUCAGAAUUUAG